GUUUCCAACACGUCUAUGAUUGUAGUUGUGCUUACUGUACCUUUAAGAACUGUCUACGGAUUGUUUACGGAAGUCGGUCCGUUAAUCAAAAGUCCCGGUCGUACCUUCCCGUCCGGUGUCUGUGUUUUAAACACGGACCCUCAGCUAAGCAGUGAUUUGGUUUUUCUAGCUUGCUACUUGCUAAAAUAUAUGUGUUUUAGUUAAAGUAGUUGUUAGGGAAAAGCAACCUUUUUCAGCUCACCUUUGAAGAGAAAAAGAUACAUUCAUCUGAACUGUUAAAUUUAGCUAACCUAGCUAAAGUUAGUUGUCGCAGUAGGUUAAAGGGAGUUGUAUAUUAACUCACGAUGGCUCUGAAGAUGACGGGUGAGUUCAACUCGGGCUGUCGGUCAGCAUGGACGCUGAGAAUGAGGUGCUGAUGAAGGAAUAUGUCAAGAUGAUGACUGAUAUGAUCGUGCUGUGUGCCACUUUGGCACUCUCCCUCUUCUUCUGGGUCCUCUCCCUCACCAUCAGCGCCUUCUACGGCACAUUGCAGCCUGUGUCACCGUGGCGAUGGUUGUUCUCCAUCUUGGUUCCUCUAGUGCUGACAGUCAGAGCGCUGAAGAGACGCAGUCUGGACCGCUCGGGAGCCCUGGGCGCUCUCCUGGUUGGAUUUGUGUUGACGAUGGCCAACCUCAGCUUCUUCUCCUCUCUGCUGGCCUUCUUCAUCACCUCCUCCAGGCUGACCCGCUGGGGAGGAGCACGGAAGAGGGAAAUAGAUGCAGAGUACAAAGAAGGGGGCCAGAGGAACUGGGUUCAGGUCUUCUGUAAUGGAGGAGUUCCCACAGAGCUGGCACUGCUUUAUAUGAUAGAGGUGGGUCCAGGUGAGAUCCCCAUUGACUUCGGUAAACAGUACUCUGCCUCCUGGAUGUGCCUCUCUCUACUGGGCGCGCUCGCAUGCAGCACUGGGGACACCUGGGCGUCGGAGGUGGGGCCGGUCCUCAGCCAAUCACGGCCUAGACUCAUCACCACCUGGAAGGAAGUCCCAGCAGGAACAAACGGAGGAGUUACUCCCGUCGGACUGGUCGCCAGCUUCCUCGGCGGGCUUGCGGUGGGCGUGGCUUACUUUGUAACACAGCUUCUGUUGGUCAAUGACCUGCACCUGGCAGACCCCCAGUGGCCAAUCAUAGUGUACGGCGGUGUGGCUGGCCUGUUGGGAUCCAUGCUGGACUCUUUCCUGGGAGCUCACAUGCAGUACUCAGGCUUCGACUCGAGCAUCGGGAAGGUGGUGGGUUACGAGUCCGCCACCACCCGGCGGAUCUCUGGGAAACCCAUCUUAGACAACAACGCGGUCAACCUGUUCUCCUCUGUCCUCGUCGCGCUCGUCCUGCCCGGGCUGGCGUGGGGGAUGUGGCCACGAUAGAUCAACAACAUGGAGCGCAGGACUGAUCUGAGACUGACUGAUGACGUCGAACACAUCUGAGUAAUCUGUCGGUCAUGGUUGGUCACAGAAGCAUAACACUGAAGAUUAAUACAACACACACACACUCUGCCUGUAUUAUUACAUGUUGGACUGGAAUCUGAUUUAAACCACUUUAAAUUUGAGUCUUUUUUUGAGUAUAAUUUGAGCUUAAUACUGCAGCCAAAUAUGCAAUUAAAUACAUUGUCCAAUGUCUUUAUGUAUUUUUAAUUUAAACUUUUUGAACUGUUUGGGCUCGUAUAAUCUGAUGUUUCAGUUUUUCUGUUGAUUGUACUGAAGGCAGAUUUGCGGUCUCGUGCUUUCAGAAGAACCGGCUUCAAGUCGCGCCUCUUCACAGAACAAAUUUACAUCUCUCUCAGCUCUUCACCUCCAAAUUUUUUUAAAACAUUUAAUCAUUUUCUGCCAUUGACUGUGUUAAUAAAACUGGUCAUAUGAUUUAA